UUCUGCCCAUAAACACAUCCGGCUUUAAAGGGAGCUGGAGAGAGAAAGCCUCAUGGAAAAUUCUAGAAACAUUUUUCCUUUGUAUUUGAAUACUUACUUGCAGGACCUUGCUUUUGCAGCUACAUGCUCUGGAUCAGACCCCACUUCCUGAGCCCCUUUGUGCCCGGGCUUCUCCCUGGCAUCCAACAGAAUUUAAAGGCACAAACACAAAUGCAUGGAAACAAGUUGCCAUAGAAACAAGUCUGUUGGGGGAGCUAGAGAGAUAAUACAGUGGGUAGGGUACUUGCCUUAUAUGUGGCCGACUCAGGACGAUCCCUAGCAUCCUAUAUGAUCCCCAAGCCUGACAGAAGUAACCCCUGAACACUGCCAAGUGUGGCUCCAAAACAGAACAAAAAAUGAAGCAAGUCUGUUGAGGGAAGGUUACCAGAAUACCUGUGCGUUUGGCACAGAGUGCUUCCCGUGUUUACACUAACCCUCUGGCCACAGGUACGUUGUGCAGCUGGGGGGUGCUCAGCCUGUCUUGUCUUGACUGCAGAGUUGGAGCUGUGGAAGCAGACCUGGGGUGCUGGCCAGGUAUCAGGGGCUCCUUGCCUGUCAGUAUGACCCUUCCCCCACAUCUCCUGUCAGCCACCAUGCCCCCUCAAAGCAGAGCAUCAGAGACUCAGGGCCACCUGCCCAUGGAGACAAUGGCCUCUGUGUGCAUGGUGGUUGGGGGUGUGGACAUAAGCAAAUGAGCACAGCACACAGAUAGGUGGUGUGAACUCCCAAUGCCACACUCACCAGCAUGGAGGGGAGCCGGAGUUCACUCGGCCUGGGCAGGGGGCAGCGGGUCUCUGCGGAAAGCCAGGCCAUGGCCAACCUGCAGAAUCUGGCUCUACGCUGGUUCACAGAGACACAGGCCUCCUUCAUUCUGCAGAAUGGAGUUCUGCCCCCCUGGUUCCACGGAUUCAUCACACGCAAGGAGACGGAACAGCUGCUCAGGGACAAGUCCCUCGGCUCCUUUCUCAUCCGCCUCAGUGACCGGGCCACCGGCUACAUCCUGUCCUAUAGGGGCCGUGACCGCUGCCGCCACUUCCUCAUCAACCAGCUCCCCAACCGGCGCUACCUUAUCUCAGGGGACGUCCAGAGCCACGGCACGCUGGCUGAGCUGCUGAGCCACUACCAGCAGGUGCAGCUGGAGCCCUUUGGGGAGACCCUGGCUACAGCCUGUCCCCGGGAGGAGGACAGUGAACUAUACGAUGCCAUCUCCCUGGGACUCCAGCAAACCAGCGCCUCAGCCCCAGUGCCCCUCCCGGUGGCCCCCGAACAGGCCUCUAGUCUCAGGACAUCUCCAAAGCCCCAGGAUUCCUUCCUCCAUGGGAAGAGGAGCCCAGAGAGCCAGGUGACUGUCCCUAAGGAGGAAGAUAUACAGGCCUCCGACAAGGUGCCACCCCUCCCUGAGCGCAGUGCCUCCCUUCUGGACAAGCCCCAGGGAAGCCCCAAUGACAUCAUCUACGCAGACCUGAGGAAAACCAAGCAGGCUCCAGGGGGCCUGAACACCGAGGUGUCCGGCCGACUCACACCAGUCCCAAGCCAGGAAGCCCCGCAGAGACUCUCAGAUGCAACUCCCGGUCCCCGGGGCCUCUUUCUGGCACCCAGUGCUGGGGCCCCAGGGAUCUCCAUCAUAUCCUGGAGUCAGGGGUCUCAGCACAGCUCACCCGAUGGCGCUGCAGACACCUACGAGGCCAUCGGCUCCACCAGCCUUGCUGACAAGACCAGGCCCCAGCAGGGGGAUGGCAGCACCUAUGAGUCUGUCCAGGUCUGCUGGGGGGGCCCAGCACAGAGCCCCCUCCGGAGAGGCUCAGGGCCACUGGACUGCAGCUAUGAUAGAAUCUCAAGGGGCCCUGUGCCCCUGGAUCCUGGAAACACCUAUGAGCAGAUCCCAGCAGCCAGAAACAAGGACUCUGGACGGGCCCAGAAGGUGAGUAUGUGAGCCGGGGGUGUGUGGGCGAUGUGAUGGUGGUGAGUGGGAUGGAAUGCAUGGUAGGUUGUGGUGUGAGGUGGGGUGUGUGGAAUGGUGUGCACUGUGUAGUGAUAUGAGGUAUGUGACACGAUGUGAAGUGGGUGUGUGGUAUGGUGUGAGGUGGGUAUGUAAUGUGUGGUGUGGUAUGAGGUGGGGUGUGAUGUGGAGUAUGUGGUAUGAGGGGAGGUGUAUGGUGUGUGGUGGGGUGUGAGGUGGGGUAUGAGGUGGAGUGUGCGUUAUUGUGUGGUGUAGUAGUGUGAGGUGGGUGUGUGGUAUGGGGUGGGGUGGGGUGUGGAGUGGGGUGAAAUGGGGUAUGUGGUGUGGUGUGGGAUGGGAUGUGUGAUGUUGAGUGAGGUGUGGGAUGGGAUGGGGUGUGGUGUGGUUGUGAGGUGGGAUAUGAGGUAGAAUGUGGGACGUGGUGUGUGGUGGUGGUGUGAGGUGGGUGUGUGGUGUGGAGUGAGGUGGGGUGAAGUGAAGGGUGAAGUGGGUUGUGUGUGGUGAUUUGAGGAAGCUCCCAGGCAGCUCAGGGACUAGGAGGGAGUUGAGGCUCCUGGGAUGUGGAGGCCCUUCCUCAGUCUCUGCACCAGUGCCCAUCUGCUGGAGCCCACAGGGAGAGGCCAUCCUGAAGUUCCUGGGGGACCAGGCAGAGACAAGUUCAACUGAAAGGCCAUUAUGAAGAUCAGGAGGCUGGGGCCCCUGUUCCCGGGCCCUGUCUAUGAAGUUCUACAGAGGUCCACAAUGCUAUCCUUGUCCCCAUAUGUCCCAUACUCUGCCUCCAAAGGGCACAGCACUUCCCCCCACAGCUGCAGGCACUGGGAUGCCACAGGGCCCUUCCCUAGCUCAGCCCAGCCCCCAGGUCUGUGUUGGUGGCCCCCAGCCCAGACACCCCAGCCCUGGCUCCAGCAUCUUCUCCCCUUUUGCAGCCCGAGAAGCUCCGAAAGAUGUUCUUCACUGACAAGAAGCCCAGAGCCUGAAGAAGGCCUGGAUGCCACCCCUGGGAUGCUCCAUCAGGCUCUGUGGGGGCACCAGGGAGCCUCAGGUCCAAACAGGCUGCUCUGGAGAUAGGCUGCAUUCUUAUUCAGCAGCCUCUGGCCGCGACCACCCAUCCCUAUGCCUGGUGUCCUAUCCUAGGUCUGGGUGGUGGGGAAAGGACAGGGCAGGGGUUACACACCAUUUCCAAGAUGAGUGCAGGAGCAGGGCUGACAGCAUCCCUCACUGACACCUCCUGGGGGAGGCCAAUCCCCAGCUGAUUAGUGGAUACUGGACAUUGCAUCUUAUAGGAAGCACUCAGCAGGAAGGUUGAGGGGAACAGUUAGCUGCCCCCUUCCCACCCUCCCAUUCAUGAGGGGCUGUAA